AAAUUAAUUAAAUGUUAAUAAUAAUAAUAAAAAAAAAAAUUAAAAUAAUUACUGAAAUAGAACGCUGGUGUGCAUUAAUGGCCUCGUCCUGUAGGCAUAUUCACCCCGUGCAACGUGAAUCCCGUUUCGGUAUCCAUUACGAAUGUUUCUAAACACAAAAGUCCGGGUCUCAUGUGUGUAAUCCUCGUAUUGUCGCCUUUGAAAAGAUUUUGAGCAAAAGACAAAAUGACCGCCGAUCACUUUUGCCUGAAAUGGAACAACUACCCAUUGAACAUGGUCACCGAACUGGACAGUCUCCGCACCAGUGAAGACCUAGUAGACGUUACUUUGUCGUGUGACGGACAACUGUUCAAGGCGCAUAAAGUUGUCCUGUCUAUGUGCAGCUCGUAUUUUCGAAAUGUAUUCAAGGAUAAUCCAUGCAAGCAUCCAGUUGUAAUAUUAAAAGACGUAAACCAAGAUGAUGUCAAAGCGUUGCUCAAUUUUGUAUACCAAGGCACGGUUUAUAUAUCAGAAAAGAAGUUGGCAUCUUUUUUACGCACUGCUGAACUAUUGCAAAUUAGAGGCCUUGCUGGAGCAGCUUCAACUAUCAAUACUGAUUUAGAGUCAACUAGAACUAGUUUAGAAAAAAAUUCUGUACCUCCUCUUCAACAAAUAUCCACUAAUAAUAAUAAGAUUGAAAAACAAGAUACAUGUUCACCGACUGCAACUAUUAAAACCGAGUCACCAAAGUCACCUAACGGUAAAGUAUCUGCCAAGCGAAAAAAAGGCCUUCCAGUAAAGUUACAAAAAAAUUCUGAAGAUGGCACAGAGUUUAUGGACGAGACUACAACUUGUAGUGAAACUGAUAUUCUAAGUCGACUUAAAGUUGACGAGAUAGAUGAUAGCGGUAAUGGAGACGGUGAUGGGUAUAUAGAUGACGAUGGAUCAAAAGACGGUUUCAGCGACGAUCGAUAUGGUCAAGGGGCAGAAAUAGGAGACGAGUAUGAAGAUGUUGAACUGGAUAAAGAAGAAGACACCUCUCAAUCUAACACAGCAUUCGAGAAGUCUUUAAUCGCUUCUCGAAUGUUAAACGAUCCCAAAGAUAUCCGCAUGAGUAAUUCAAGUGGAAUAGACUUCGCCAUUGCUCCAGCUCCUUCAACUGUUUCUGAACAAUCAUUAUCAUCUGCAGACCGCCUCGGCCGACGACCUUGUCCUUUGUGUCAAAAAGUGAUCUCUAACAAAUCCAACCUAUUGAAACACAUGCGUAUCAGGCACAGCGAUGAAUACAAUCCAGCCGGCUGCAGUGUUUGCGGCAAAGUGUUUAAAAACAAAUAUAGCUUACGUGCUCAUAUCAACAUCUACCACAAAGAUCAUUCAAACAACACCACCGGUAUGGGAGGCGGAGGUAACCAAAACACAGCCGCCGCUUAUCAGGUGUACAGUAACAAUUCGGCGGUCACUAAUCAACUCCAACAGCAACAGCAGCAGCUGCAGCAGCAGCAGCAACAGCAACAACAGCAACAACAAAAUCAACUGCAUCAGCAACAACAGCAAGUGGCUAACAACACCAAUUCUUAUUUGACCGGCUCGUCGUCGGUGUCUUGUUUUAAUCAAUCGCCGACUUCAGCCAACACGGCCGGUGGGGGCUACAUCAUACAGCAGCAACCGUCGACUUCUCCGUUCCUCAAUAAAAUAUCAUUGGAUCUCCCGUCACCGUAUCAGUUGACUAAUCAGGCUACGGCCGGCCCCCCCCUAUCGCCACUCUAACAUCCACUUUUUCCACCCGCCCCAACAGUCGGCGAACUGUACGAUGUCGACUUAUUCAUCUAAAGACUUGCAUUUAAAGUCUAAAAUUUUCUUUUAAAUUCCUAAUUACAUUUUUAUUUUUAUUUUUAUGGGGAGAAAUGGGUUGGCUAGACGUUUAUUUAUUUUCUCUUUAUUUUUAAAAUAACAAUUGUCACUCAAUUUUUGACAGUCUUCUUUAUUACUUUACAUAAUAAUAAUAUGUAUCGGACUUUGCGAUCGGUUGAAACAUCUAAAUCGAAAAAAACAAUACCAUACUUAUUCAAAUAAUUUUAAAUUAAAUGUACUAUGCUUUAUUUUAGUUUAGAUUUUAUCAAUGUGCCAAUAACAUAAAUGCAAAUAAAAUUUAAAAAAAUCAAAUAGCGUGUGUUUGAUAAUGACACGUAAUUGCUUUAUUUAGGCAGCAGCCAUGUGUUAAGGCCAAAUGAGUCAAAGACUGAAAUAUAUUUCGUAUAAACAUAAAUCAUAUUAUUUUAAUUUUUAUUAUUAUUAUUAUUAUAAAGAUGACUGUUGUAGUAUUUCAUAUAGAUUGUAAGCGUCAAAGAUAAAUUAUAUUCGACAAUUGUAUAAUUGUUAUUUUCCAACAGUCGAGUCAAAGAGAUAAUACCUAUGUGCAAAGUUAUUGUUUCGCCAACGAUACCUACCCAUUGUAUAGACUUAAUCAUAGACGUAUCAUGUAAUAAAAUCAUUAGUAUUUUUACCAAAGAAUAUUUUAUUAAAUAACAAUAAUUGUCGGUUAACAAUGGAACGGUUGCGACUGAAAAACAAUAAACGUUUUUAUUUUUUUCAUUUAUUUAAAGGGCAUAUACACAGUUUAUUGACGUUUUAUGUUUGUUUCUAAAUUGGUAUUGAAAGAAAAAACAAUGUAAGUCGUACAUCAUCUUUUAAUUUACUAUAGUUUUAAACGAUUCAUUUUUCGUUGCCCGAUAAAACUAUUGUUACGGGUCUUUUUUGUAUUAUUAAUUAGGGUUUUAUUUUAUAUAGAUUUUUAUCAUUCAUUAAUGGUAUAUUAUUUUAAUUUUUAUUUGUAAUUUUUUUUUUUUUGUAUCUUAUAGGCAAACCUAGUAUUUUCUUUUUUCGGGUUCCAAAGUGUGUAUGACUGAUGUAGUUUAUAGUUUAUAUUUUUAAUAAACAUAAUAUUAUGUUAUACAUAUAUAUAUUAUAUGUAGAUAUAUUAUUUUUUCAAACAGAAUGAGUCAACUGAGGUUUUAUU